AUGGUCGAGCCUGGAGCUCUGGACGUAUUGAAGGCAGUUGGUGGCUCAUGUCUAUUCUAUUUGAAGGCAUGGCGCCAGAGAAAUUUCGCCGAUUUGAGAGCUGAUCCUCAGUUACGGGAGAUAAUCGAUUUAUAUUUCAAGUGGCAUUUUCCAGAAGAGUACUGGACGGGCAUGGACCACAUCAAAACGAUCAGUGCAAAAGUGUUUAACGAUGACAAGGCAGCAAGGCUGAGUGUUAAUGAAGUGCGGAAGAAGGCCAAAUGGUUCCAGAUGCAUUUUCUUGGGGCCUUGCCGAAUGAAUUUCUCAUGGAGCUUCAAGCCGUAGAUCGAAGACCCCGUACUGGGUCUUCAGCUGAUGUUGUGAUCAAAUUAACCGAAGUGGAAAACGGGAGGGCCAAGCAAUUCCUGGAGUGGCGCAAGAGGAUCGUAGACAUGCACGUUUUCUUGAAUGAGCUCGAGCAUGAUUUGCCCGAUAUCGAACAAUAUACCCACUUUCGCUGGGACAAACCGGCUGAUCCAUAG